AUGGCCUCCACCGGGGCCCUUCCGCAAACUCUCAAGUCCAUCACCGCUACCAAGAUCAAUGAGCUUUCCAAACAACGCGUACUUUUCGACAAGCGCAAGGAAGAGAUACUUGCAGCUGCAACUGCAGCCACAGACCUACGCACCCGAGUGCGCACUCUUCUUGAUGGGCUUUCACGCCUGAAAGGAUACCCCAAAGAUGCACUUGACAAAGAUGACUUGGACCUUGAUGCUGACUCGUCGGCCGAUGAAUUUGAUGAUGUGGAUGUCAAGACACCCGGCAUGGGUCAGCUGCACUGGGCUGAUCAUACAAACAUUCGCCGCUUCCUUCUCCAGGGUCGAUAUGACGCCUCAAUCUCAGAUACCACUUUGCAGCGAUGGAUCGCCCAGCUGGAAAACGAACUCCGCUAUCUCGAGCUCAAGCAUGAACAUGCGUCCUUUUACAGCAAGUUAGUCACCGAGUGGCUGACACAGUUAGACGGACAGCCGGCCACUCCUACCGAACACACUGGCGAGACUGAUUCAAAAAAGUCUGACGUUGGCUUCGAGAGCGUGGGCCGCGCUGAGAUGCACGAGCAAAGAAUGCAAUGGGAGUCGCUGGUCUUCACAACUGCGAACCAUGUCGACGAGUCCUCGAUACGAUCCUACCUUGAUGGCUUGUUCCUCAAAGACGAGUUGACGAAGCAAGCACUCAAAAAACUUCGCGAGAGCCUUCAGAGCUUUGGGAACGAAUUCUCCACCCAAGGGGAUUGGUUAGAUGUUGAUGAGCUUCAAUGGGUUUCAAAAGCACUGAUGAAGACCGACCUGCUCAGCAAUGAGAAGUCGGCAAUCCUCAAAGAAUUCAUGCGCAACAAAGAGGUCACCCAAGAAGUGGCCGACGUGCUCAACAUGCGACUCGCGUCUCUGGACAGUUGGAUCUGGGGUGAAGACGGCAUCCCCAUCGAAAUGCGUCGACAGCUGAAUGGAAAAUAUCGUGUGUACAUGGAUGAAGACCUCCUUGACAGCCUCAUGUUGCAAUACCUCGGAACCAAAUGGGCCAUCAAACUGCGAUCGGUGUUCACGAAAUUUUUGGAGUCGCACGCAUGGUGCCCUAUUCAAGAAAAGAUCCCAGAGGAGCACAAAGAGCGACGUAAAUAUUUCUUGGGAACUACAUCACCCCCUGGGUCAAGCUCAAUCAAUAAACUGCGAAGUGAAACAUACCGACAGGAGUACUUUAUGAGUCAGUUACCCGAUUCCGCCGAGGAGGGCGCUCGAAACUACGACGACAACACUGAGUAUAAGAGUGCUUUGGACAAGAAGCAUUCACUUCUUCAUCGACUUAUCACGGAAUCUCUCAUCCAAAAGAACCUAAGAGGCGAGUUCGCCGCAAUCCGAUCUGAUUACAAAUGGUUUGGCCCAUCCCUACCCCAUGCCACCACUCUCACGGUCUUGGAGUACUUUGGCGUCCCGCAGAUGUGGCUGAGCUUCUUCAAGGCGUUUCUUGAGGCCCCUAUGAGAUUCGUGCAAGAUGGCCCAGAGGCUCAAUCGCGGGUUCGCAAGCGAGGAAUCCCUAUGAGUCAUACUUUAUCAGACUGCUUUGGCGAAUCAGUCCUUUUUUGCAUGGAUUAUGCCAUCAACCAGGCCACGGAUGGUGAUAUCUUGUAUCGGCUGCACGAUGACUUCUGGUUCUGGGGAUCCCAGAAGGACUGCGAACAAGCUUGGAAAGCCAUGGCCAAUUUUGCCGACGUGAUGGGGCUGGAGUUCAAUGAAGAAAAGACCGGAACCGUCCAAAUGGGCGAAGGAUCUAGAAGCGAGACUCUUCCUGUCGGUGAUAUUCGUUGGGGCUUCUUGAUCCUAGAUGCCAAGCAGGGUAGAUUCAUUAUCGAUCAGGAACAGGUGGAUCGCCACAUUGAAGAGCUUGGACGCCAGCUCUCCUCUUGCAAGAGUGUUUUUGAAUGGGUUCAGGCAUGGAAUGGAUACUUCGGGCGUUUCUUUAUCAAUAACUUUGCCAAGCCUGCUCUAUGCUUCGGGCGAGAUCACAUCGACAUGGCGGUCUCGACACUCAGCCGUAUUGAAGAGGCUUUGUUCAACAAGCCAUCCGAAAAGAAUAUGCAGGCAAAGGGUGGGGUAACCAUGUAUCUACGGGCCGUAAUUGCGGAGCGCUUCGAUGUCCACGAUCUACCCGAAGGGUUCUUCUACUACCCGGUUGAGCUUGGUGGUCUCGAGCUGCUGAACCCGUUUGUCCGUCUGCUCUCCAUGCGUGAAAACAUCAAUCGAACACCGCAAAAGACACUGGAAAAAGCGAUUCUGGCAGACGAGGAAAGGUACCAGAGAUACAAGGAAAAGUUCGAAAAGGAAGGCUCUCAAAGUGGAACGAUCCUUCGUGGCUCCGAUGACUUGCCAUUGCCUUUUCCGUCUCUGGAUGAGUUCAUACGAUAUCCCGAAACUUUCAGCGUCAGCUAUUAUACCGCUUACCGGAAUUUGAUUGCUGUGCCCAGUGAGAUGGAUGUUUCGCCCACUGGCAGUUUCACCAAAAACCAGACUGGACUCGCUGGCAAGAUAAACAAGUCAGGUAGGGUCGGACCUUCCUGGAGCCAGAUGACCCCAUACUGGAGAUGGGUGGCAGAGCUUUACCACGACGAGAUGGUGCGAACCUAUGGAAGCUUGGCGGCGGUCAAUCGCGAGUUCAUGCCGCUUGGAGUUGUAAAGACUUUGAAGGAAGGGCGUUUCAGGUGGCAGGGCUAA